AGCUGUGAGUAAUGACAGCAACAUGUCUGCUUUCAGGUUCUGGGCCAGCCUGCUGAUUGUUUUGGGCUAUCUCUGUCCUGGAGGUUCAUCGUGUGGCAUUUCAACACACAUAGAAAUAGGACACAGAGCUCUGGAGUUUCUCACGCUUCCAGUUGGGAGUGUUAACUACAAAGAGCUGUUACUCGAACACCAGGAUGCAUAUCAGGCUGGAGCUGUGUUUCCUGAUUCUUUUUACCCCAGCAUCUGCAAAGGAGGAAAAUAUCAUGAAGUGUCUGAGAGCACCCACUGGACUCCAUUUCUUAAUGCAAGCAUUCAUUACAUCCGGGAGAAUUAUCCCGUUCCCUGGGAGAAGGACACGGAGAAAUUGGUAGCUUUCUUGUUUGGAAUUGCCUCUCACAUGGUGGCAGAUGUCAGUUGGCAUAGCCUGGGUAUUGAACAAGGGUUCCUUAAGACAAUGGGAGCUAUUGAUUUCCACAACUCCUAUUCUGAGGCUCAUUCAACUGGUGAUUUUGGAGGAGAUGUGUUGAGCCAGUUUGAGUUUAAUUUUAAUUACCUUGCACGACGCUGGUAUGUGCCCACCAAAGAUCUAUUGGGAAUUUAUCAGAAACUCUAUAGCCGAAAUAUCAUCACUGAAAAUGUAAUUGUUGACUGUUCAUAUCUUCAGUUCUUAGAAAUGUAUGGUGAAAUGUUAGCUGUCUCUAAGCUCUAUCCUAGUUAUUCUAGAAAGUCCCCAUUUUUGGUAGAACAAUUCCAGGAGUAUUUCCUUGGAGGAUUGGAUGAUAUGGCAUUCUGGUCCACUAAUAUUUACCGUCUAACAAGCUACAUGUUGGAGAAUGGGACCAGUGACUGCAGUUUACCCGAGAACCCUUUGUUCAUAGCAUGUGGCGGCCAGCAAAACAAGACGCACAGAUCAACAAUGCAGAAAAAUGCUUUUCAUAGAAAUUUGACUGCAUCCCGAAUGAAAGAUAUUGAUAGAAACUUAAAUUAUACAGAAAGAGGAGUGUUCUUUAGAGUGGAUACCUGGACCCCAGAUUCACUUACCUUUAUGUACCAGGCUUUGGAAAGGAACGUACGGACAAUGUUGACAGGUGGCUCACAGACGUCACUUAAUCAUGUCUCUAGCCCCAUGGCAUCUUACUUCCUGUCAUUUCCCUAUGCAAGACUUGGUUGGGCAUUGACCUCGGCCGACCUCAACCAGGAUGGGCAUGGGGACCUUGUGGUGGGCGCACCUGGGUACAGCCGCCCAGGCCACAUUCAGGUCGGGCGCGUGUACCUCAUCUACAGCAAUGACCUGGGCCUGCCCCCUGUCGACCUGGACCUAGACAAAGAAGCUCAUGGGAUCCUGGAGGGCUUCCAGCCCUCAGGUCGGUUUGGCUCGUCUUUGGCCGUGUUGGAUUUCAAUAAGGAUGGUGUGCCUGACCUGGCUGUGGGAGCGCCCUCAGUGGGCUCUGAGCAGCUCACAUAUAAAGGAGCAGUGUAUGUCUACUUUGGUUCUCGGCAAGGAAGGAUAUCUUCUCCUCCUAACAUCACCAUCUCUUGCCAGGACACCUACUGUAACCUGGGUUGGACACUGCUGGCUGCUGAUGUGAAUGGAGACAGUGAGCCUGAUCUGGUGAUUGGCUCCCCAUUUGCACCAGGUGGAGGGAAGCAGAAGGGAAUUGUGGCUGUGUUUUAUUCUGGCCUCAGCCAGAACAACAAAGAAAAGCUGAAUGUCGAGGCAGCUGAUUGGUUGGUGAGAGGCCAGGAUGACUUUGCCUGGUUUGGAUACUCCCUCCACAGUGUCAGCAUGAACAACAGGACUUUGCUGUUGGUUGGGAGCCCAACCUGGAAGAAUACCAGCAGUCUAGGACAUUUAUUCCAAAACCAUGAGGAGAAACCAAACCUUGGAAGGGUGUAUGGCUAUUUCCCGCCAAAUUGUCAAAGCUUGUUUACAAUUUCCGGAGACAAGGCGAUGGGGAAACUGGGCACUUCCCUGUCUAGUGGCCAUGUGAUGGUGAAUGGAAACCUGACACAAGUGCUCCUGGUGGGGGCUCCAACUCAUGAUGAUGUGUCUAAAAUGGCGUUCCUGACCAUGACCCUGCACCAAGGUGGAACCGCUCGAAUGUAUGCGAUAACACGGGAUGCACAGCCUGCUCUGCUGAGCACCUUCAGUGGGGACCGCCGCUUCUCUCGAUUUGGUGAAGUUCUGCACCUGAGUGAUCUGGAUAAUGAUGGUGUAGAUGAAAUAAUCAUGGCAGCCCCACUGAGGAUAGCAGAUAUAACCUCUGGACUGAUUGGAGGGGAAGAUGGCCGUGUUUAUGUGUAUAAUGGCAAACAUACCACCCUUGGUGACAUGACAGGCAAAUGCAAAUCAUGGCUCACCCCAUGUCCAGAAGAAAAGGCCCAAUAUGUAUUGAUUUCUCCUGAAGCAAGCUCAAGGUUUGGGAGCUCUCUGAUCACUGUGAGGUCAAAGGAAAAGAACCAAGUUGUCAUUGCUGCCGGAAGGAGUUCUUUGGGAGCCCGACUCUCUGGAGCACUUCACAUCUAUAACCUUGGCUCAGAUUAAAGAUUUCACUCUAUUUUCCUAAUCUUCCCUCCCUUUCUACACUGAGUCCUCACCAGGGUGAGAGUUCUUGUGGACUAAGUGGCACAACCAGUGUAGUGACACUAGAUCUGAUCCAAAUAGAGGUGGGGCUCCUGGAGUGGAGACACUACAGCCAGGCAGUCUGGAAAUCAGAUACAGUAAA